AGAAAACAUCCAUUGAACAUGCAAUCUCAAACUAGAAGUUGUAACAUAGAAGAAGUCUGAAAUGGGUUCAAAAUCUUUCCUUGGAACUUGUUUUUUAUUCUUGGUAGCGUUCUCCUUAAAAACCAAUGCUGCAGAUUUUGAUAUCAAGAAAUAUGGAGCCAAGGCGGAUGGCAGGACAGAUGACAGCCAGGCCAUCAAUAAUGCAUGGAGAGACGCAUGUGCAGCCGCGACUCCAAGCACGGUUGUGAUAGCGAAGGGUAAAUAUUUGGUUGGUCCGGUCAGGUUUGGAGGACCCUGCAAGGCAGCGGUUAGCAUUAGGGUUGAAGGAACCCUACAGGCUCCGGCUGAACCUGAAAAGCUCAAAUCCCAGGAUGGGUGGGUCGUUUUCCAAAAUGUCGAUAAGUUAUCUGUGUUCGGAGGGGGCACUUUUGACGGCCAAGGAAAACUAGCUUGGUCCAAAAAUAAUUGUGCCAAAACUGGAAAGUGCAAUUCACUUCCUAUCAAUAUACGAUUGACUGGGGUUACCAAUUCACACAUUCAACACAUAACAUCGUUGAACAGCAAGUUGUUUCACAUGAACGUCAUCAACUGCAAACACCUGACCCUCGAACACAUCACCAUCGAUGCACCUCAAGAAAGUCUAAACACAGAUGGAAUCCAUAUUGGUCGGUCCUCAAAUAUCAAUGUUACCAAUGCAAACAUCAAAACUGGGGAUGAUUGUGUCUCUAUCGGUGACGGAAGCCAGCAAAUAAAUGUCGAGAAGGUGAUAUGCGGCCCUGGCCAUGGCAUUAGUAUCGGUAGCCUAGGAAGAUAUCACAACGAGCAACCUGUUGAGGGAGUCACUGUGAGAAACUGCACCAUUUCGAAUACCUCAAAUGGUGUUAGGAUUAAAACCUGGCCAGCUUCUCCAAAUGGUGUGGCCUCAAAUUUGCAUUUUGAGGACAUUAUUAUGAACAACGUCAAAACCACCCCUGUGCUUAUAGACCAAGGAUAUUGCCCAUAUGGUCAAUGUCAAGCAAGGUUACCAUCUAAAGUCAAGAUAACCAAUGUGAGCUUCAAGAACAUUAGGGGCACAUCUCAAGACCCUGUGGCUGUGAAGCUCGUUUGCAGCAAAGGGAUACCGUGCCAGAAUGUUCAAGUUGCUGACAUCAACUUGACAUAUAAUGGGAACAAAGGAACUGCUACAUCCGAAUGUGCCAACGUGAAGCCUACUGUGUCAGGAAAAGUUAAUCCACAAGUUUGUGCAAAGAACGUUGCUUAAGUAAGGAAGAGAGGAACAUCAGAAAGUUUUGCCUUGAGAUCAAGAAAGUACUUGAAUUCUCUUCGCCAAGGAAAGUAACGAGCUAACAAGCUAGUCAUGGCCAUUCACAUUUAAUGACAGCAAAAAAGUUUGAAAAGAAUUUUAAAAUAGCAAACCCAAAUGACAUUUCGUUGCCUAAUGUCCAAUGCAAUGGAUAAUUAUACAUUUAUAUAUGUUGAUUCAUCGUCUAAAUGACUCGAGUCAAGAACAAGUGAAUAUAGCCAUACUCCUUCCAAA